UAUAUUAAUUACUUUCAUUUCAUCAUAUAUUUUUGUUUCAAAUCCUCUAUUCUAGGAAAAAAUAAUUAGGAGCGACAACAUUAUUCCCGUCAUGCAAGAGCACGAGACUAGCCCUAACCAAGAUGGCGGAGUCGGAAGAUUCUGGAAGCGAACUGAUCAAAAUUGUCGUCAAAACUCCAAAAUCUAAGGAGACGGUGGAAAUUGAGGCAACUUCUACGAUAACAGAAUUCAAGGAGGCAAUUUCGCAGAAAUUUGGGCAGCCUGUUGAACAGCUGUGUCUGAUCUUUGCGGGGAAGAUCCUGAAGGACCAUGAGACCUUAGAGAAGAUAGGAAUAAAGGAUGGGCUGACUGUUCAUCUGGUGAUCAGACAAAAGGUUGGGUCUCAGCAGGGUCCAAGUGCAAGUGGAAGUUCUGCUCCAGCAGCCUCCAGCACACCCUCAGCCCCCGCAGCUGCUGCUGCUGGGACUGCACCUGCAGCCGCUCCACAGCCGGCUCCAGCUGCAGCACCAUUUGGUGUGGGUGGAAUGGGGGGCCUGAGCGGACUGCAGAACCUGGGCAUGGGGUCUGCCAACUUCAUGGAGAUGCAGCAGAGAAUGCAGCAAGAGCUGCUGCGUAACCCUGACAUGCUGACCCAGAUGAUGGAGAACCCGUUUGUUCAGAGCAUGAUGUCCAACCCUGACCUGCUCAGGAACCUCAUCGUCAGCAACCCGCAGAUGCAGCAGCUCAUGGAGAGAAACCCAGAGAUCACCCACAUGUUGAACAACCCAGAGUUGAUGCGCCAGACCAUGGAGCUGGCCAGAAACCCUGCCAUGUUACAGGAGAUGAUGCGCAGUCAGGACAGGGCGCUCAGCAACCUGGAGAGUAUCCCAGGUGGUUAUAACGCCCUGCGGCGCAUGUACACGGACAUCCAGGAGCCCAUGAUGAACGCAGCACAGGAACAGUUCGGCAACAACCCAUGGGCUUCACUUGUGGGCGGUGGUACCAGUAACCCCCAGCAGGGUCAGGAGAACAGAGAGCCCCUCCCCAACCCCUGGGCACCCCAAGGUUCCAGUACCACAGCCGCCACCACCAGCACCACGACUGCCAGUACCACGGCCAGCUCACCAGCAGGACAGGGGCUGCCUGGAGGCCUGCCAGGAGGAAUUCCCACAUCAGGCAUGUUCAACUCCCCGGGGAUGCAGAGUCUUAUGCAGCAGAUGGUGGAUAACCCCCAGCUCAUGCAGAACAUGCUGCAGGCACCCUACAUGCAGAGUAUGAUGCAGUCCAUGGGCCAGAACCCUGACAUGGCUUCACAGAUCAUCGGUAACAACCCCCUGUUCCAGGGCAACCCACAGCUCCAGGAGCAGAUGAGACAACAACUGCCUACCUUCAUGCAGCAGAUGCAGAACCCUGAGGUGCAGGCUGCCGUCACCAACCCUCGUGUGCUGCAGGCCAUCAUGCAGAUCCAGCAGGGCAUGCAGCAGCUGCAGGCAGAGGCACCCGUCCUGCUGCCAGGGCUUGGUGUUCCUUCUCCCAGUGUUCCCCCUGCGGGUGGUAUGCCGGCCUCCCCUGCUGCACCAGCCUCCUCUGCAGCAUCCUCCAGUACAGACUCCACCACAAGCACCACGCCUACUCCUACUACUGCCAGUGCCAGCACCACCUCUCCCAGUACAGCAGCGCCUCCUACUGGCCCUACAGAAGCACAGCAGCAGCUCUUACAGCAGAUGUUACAGACACUGGCAGGAGGGAAUGCAAUGCAGCCACCAGAAGUCCGGUUUAGGAGCCAACUGGAGCAACUAGAGACAAUGGGGUUUGUCAAUAGGGCGGCAAACAUACAAGCGCUGACCGCCACAAACGGUGAUGUAAACGCAGCGAUAGACAGGCUACUACAGGCACAAUGACACGCGCACACGCAGACAUAGUAGUUGUUAACGUCUGUACAGAUUCUACUGUGACAGGAGAAGGUAUGAUGUUCCUCCAGAGUAAGGAGUGUCUUCCUUAAGAAUGAGUCAGGAGAAAGAUUUUAUGUCAGUAGGUCUAAGGGCCCAGGUGGGAAUAUGUUUGUAAAUGGUUGCAAAAGAGGACAAGAGGACUGUAUCAGUUCUUCAUUAAAAGAGUCAUGUAGGAACUGAUUAACUAAUGAAUAGUGAAUAGCUAAGACAUGGGUAAUAACUAGUUGUGUAGCAUGCAUAGAUUUGCCACUGUUGUACACAGAUCUGUGGUGGAAGCGCAUCUCUUAAGUAUUUUUCCCAAUAAUUGUGGCUUUCACAUAGUGGUCUGUGAACCUUGUUACUUUUUUGCAAAAGACAUUUAACAUUAUUUCACUUGUGUUAGGUAGAGUCAUCAUACCCAUAAACCAACCAUUUCCUUGCUGUGUAGGCCUUGGAGGCACAACCCAGGUAGUGAGUUACUAUAUACAUGCAUUAAUUUGUUGCUAAACAUAUAUAGAAUGUCACUGCUGAUGUAUAACUGUUUGUAGGACUAGUAGCUGUUACAAAUAUGGUAGACAUCUUUAUUCAUGCCUAGAAAUUAAAAGUAAGAAGUAAGAUAGACAAAUUUAUCAACUCCUCAAUCUCCAUUCAGAGAGUUUGAUUGCACAUGAACCAUUUCAAAAACAUGCCAUCAGUCAAAACUGUGAUCCCAUGAACGAUAUGGGUUGGGUUUUGGUCCAAAAUAGAACUUUGAUCUUGAGCAAUUCUAUGAUCUUUCGUAGUCGGGGAACAGGUAGCGAUAUACGGUAAAAUGGUACAAAAACAUCUAGUCUCUUUGUAACAAAGAUUGCUCUACAUUCUGGAGAGGGUGUAUGAAUGAUAAUGCGAAGUAAAUGCUAUCACAGAUUAGGUCAGGUCAGGUGUACAUGUACCUGGUAACUUCAUGUGAUAUGAAAAUGGCCCUACAAUGGCCCCACUUUUGGAGUGCUGUAGGAUUGCUCAGACACAUUUUAUGUUGGAUUUUACUAUGAUUUCUAACUUGAAGAUGUAGCAGUGUUAUGCUAAUGGCAAUAGCUUAUUUUACAGUACUAUCAAUAUUCUGAAAUUAAGAUACGUGUAUGUACAUUUUUAGAUUAUUGGGGGAAAAUUACUAAGGCCUGAUUUUGAAAAUUGCAAGAAAGAUUAAAUAUGAAGGGAAGCCACCAAAUCACAGUGUUUUUAGGAGUAAUGAUUCCCCACAUUGGAGUGAUUCUGGUAUGUUGUAUUUAUUGUGCAUAACUUUCCAUCAUCCUUACUAUGAUCGCCUCUUAUGUAUGGUACAUUUAACACAGUGUUUGUCAUUUUGUAUGGUAACAUGUAAUGAAGAAGUAAUGAUAAGUGUUACCAACUACAUGCCUCUGGUUUCUAAAUCUUAUUACAUACAAUCGUGUAAAUUUACAUGUAGGUUUUAAGUUAAUUUGGAUAGAAAGAGUUCUUGCUUUGGGAGGUUUUUGUGUGGGAUGGUCACAGAAGACAAUUGUUACCGUACCGAAUGUAUCACAACAGAAAUAAAGCCAGUCUUAAGUGAUUUUGA